AUGCGUGCUCCAGAAGAUCCCGAUCUGGAUGAGGAUGAACAGCCAACCUGGAAUAUAUGGGUGCUGAAUCGGGAAGAGGGCACUUUGAACCGCGCUAUCGUUUCAGAUAUUGUCGCAGAAGAUGGCCAUGACAUAGCGCCUCAGUUCAUGCCCGACGGGCGUCUCGUUUUCGCCUCAACCCGCCAGCGUCAAUCCAAAGCAAUUCUGCUGGAUGAAGGCAAGCCUCAAUUCUCAGCAUUUGAUGAGGAUCGUGAUGAAGAGGCGUUGACUUUGCAUGUCAUGAACCCUGACGGCACUGAAAUCCAACAGAUUACCUAUAACGCAAGUUCUGACCUUGAUCCGACCAUAAUGAGCGAUGGACGUGUCGUCUACUCGCGCUGGGAUAAUGUUGCAGGUCGCGAUCGCAUUAGCCUCUAUCGUGCCAAUCCCGAUGGCACUGAUAUGGAGCUGCUUUAUGGCGUCCAUAGUCACGAUACUGGCCCUGACGGUCAGAACAUUGAAUUUGUAGAACCCACUGAACUGCCUGACGGUCGUUUGCUGGUUAUGAUGCGCCCGCCUGGCCAGCAAAGUCGAUUAGGCGCGCUACCUGUAGCGAUCGACGUAAACAACUACGUGGAACACGAUCAACCCACUUUCGCCAGCGCCGGAUUGCUCACCGAUGCGCAGGAAAUACUUAUUCCCGGCGAUCUCAGCCUUGAUGAAUCUGAACCCGCUCUGCAGGGACGGUAUGCCCACAUUUCGCCGCUGAAUGACGGCACAGAACGCUUGAUUACGGCCUGGAGCCAAUGUCGUCUGCUUGAUACCACCAGUGAUCCGCAAAACCCGGUCAUCGUUCCAUGUACGGAAGAAAAUCUGGCGAACGUGAACAUGGUUGAAGCCGACCCACUGUAUGGCGUUUGGAUGAAUGAUCCCCUUGAGAACACGCAACAACCCAUUGUGUUGGGGGAAGAGGGUUUUGCCAUCUCAGAUGUUGUGGUCAUGGAGUCGCGUAUCAGUCCGCCGGUUAUUCUGGACAAAACUGCAGGCAUAGACCUUGAUCCUGACCUGGUCAGUGAAGCGGUAGGCGUGCUGCAUAUUCGCAGCGUUUACGAUUUUGACGGGACGCCAAGUUUGGAUAUCGCAAGCCUUGCAGAUCCGGGUCAGGCAACGGCGGCAGAACGACCAGCCCGAUUCUUACGGAUUGUGAAAUCGGUUUCCUUUCCAGACGACGAUAUUCUCGAUAUCGAUAACGCCGCAUUCGGCCGCUCCCAGGCUCAACUCAUGCGGGAGAUUAUCGGUUAUGCGCCGAUCGAGCCUGAUGGUUCUGUAAAGGUCAAAGUGCCCGCCAAUAUUGCCUUCUGGGUAGACGUCUUGGAUGCCCAGGGUCGACGCGUUUCACCGCGUCACAACAACUGGAUGCAGGUUCGACCCGGUGAGGAGAUGACCUGUAAUGGCUGUCACACGCCCACUUCUGAGUUGCCCCACGGUCGGCGUGAUGCGGAAGCACCAAGUGCCAACUUGGGUGCAGCCGUCGAUGGCUCGCCGUUUCCAAACACGGAACCUGCACUGUUUGCCAACACUGGCGAAACCAUGGCGGAGGUCAUUACCCGUAUCAACGGUAUACCCAGCCCGAAUGUUGAUCUGCGCUACGACGAUCUGUGGACAGACCCCAGUGUGCGCGCGAAAGACCUGUCUUUUUCUUACAACUACGCAGAUCUGUCGACCACGCCGCCAGUUGACCCAGGUUGUGUCAGCAACUGGAACGCGGGUUGUCGAAUAACCAUCAACUAUAUUGAUCACGUACAUCCAAUCUGGUCUGUCGAUCGACAGAUUCUCGAUGUGGAUGGCAUCACGGUUCUUUCCGACGACACCUGCACGUCUUGCCAUGCUGAUGUGGAUGCAGCCGCUAUGCCGAUGGUACCGGCUGCCCAACUCGAUUUAGGAGAUGGACCCAGUGUGGAUGAGGCGGAUCAGCUGAAGAGCUACAGGGAACUGCUGUUUAACGACAAUCAGCAGGAACUAGUUGACGGCGCGUUACAGGACAUUCUGGUUCAGGCAACAGAUGGGAACGGCAACCUGCUGUUUGAAACUGACGAAGAUGGAAAUCUGGUUCUCGAUAUAAAUGGUGAUCCGAUUCCCAUCCUGGAGUCGGUUAAUCAGGUACCUUCACUGAACGUUGCUGGUGCUUUGUUAAGUCCGCGAUUUUUCAGCAGGUUCGCUGCUGGUGGCACGCAUGCCGGUCGCUUGACGGAUGCUGAACUGAAACUGCUGUCAGAGUGGAUAGACAUUGGUGGCCAGUACUACAACAACCCGUUCGAUGUAAACGCUUGGACGGUGUUUGAGAAAUAUCAGCCGAAGGUGCUGGUCUCUGAUCCCUACCUGGAACUGCGAACCGGUCCCGGCCGUGGAUAUCCAAUUUUUUAUGUUGCAGGGCAGGGUGACGAAGUGGUCAUGCUGAAGCGCAGGACCGAUUGGUUCAAAGUGCGCACACCCCGGGACAAAGAAGGCUGGGUGCAUAUCUCUGAAAUGCAACACACCCUGGACCUUGACGGUGAACAAAUAGAUUUUGGCGCGCUGGGACUGGAUGACUUCAGCAAGCGACGCUGGGAGAUGGGUUUUAAUGGCGGUGACUUUAACGGUGCCAGUUCCUUAAGCGGCUAUCUAGGGUAUGCACUGACGCCGAAUAUAACUGUUCAACUUGAAGGCACUCAGAUCCUCGGAGAUUUUUCCGAUGGUGUGAUGGGUACCGCAAAUAUUCUCAUGUACCCGUUUCCAAAGUGGCGUCUGUCACCUUAUUUCACUAUUGGCACGGGCAUAAUUAAAACGCAGCCGCAAACCACAAUUGUGGCUGCUGAAGAUCGCGAAGAUGAAAUAGUCCAUGCAGGGGUCGGGGCAAACCUGUACCUCAGCGAUCGCUUCAUGCUGCGAAUGGAAUACAAGCGCCACACGGUGCUGACAAGUCGGGAUGACAACGAAGAGAUAGAUCAAUGGAAAGCAGGUUUCAGCAUAUUUUUCUAA